AUGUACAGCCAAUUAUCCGUAUUCGACAAAGGCUGGGGUCCAGCUCUCCAGACUUUUCUCCUUCCUUUUUCUUCCGUCGUCCUCGCGAUCACGAGCUGGACGGACAGGUCGUCAUCUCUGGAAAGCAGUCGGCGCCGACAGUGUCUGCCGCGAUGGAUUGUGGCAGCUGGACAAGUCCACAGCGGGACUGAGGAUCCUCGACGGACAUUGAAGCUUCACGUUUCGCAGGGGCGGUGUCUUUGUAGACUAUUUCCUAUUCGUACGGAUACCUUACUACUGCGUACGUAUAGUAGAUACCGAAUAGCGAUGAACUGGGCCUCGAUGUAA